AUACUCAUUUCAACAUCGAGAGGUCCAAUUCGCGGCAAUGUUGUAUACGGUGCUAAAGGUAAAUUUUCCUACGAAUUUUUAGGUAUUCCAUACGCGCAACCACCAAUCAAUAAAUUACGAUUUAAGCCUCCAGUACCUUAUUCUGAAGAAUGGAUGAAUCCCUUCGAAGCAACUACUUCGCCAGCAUUAUGUCCUCAACGAUCAAAACCAUUUUCUUCUUCAUCAGGGUUGUCAACUCAGAACGAAGAUUGCUUAUACUUGAGUAUUUACACUCCUGAGAUUAAUACGUCUACGUUGUUACCAGUUUUGAUUUGGCUAGGUGAUGUUUAUAACGACUACACGCAUCCAUCGUGGCGAUCAAGCCGUCGGCUAGUACAAGAAGAAGAGAUUAUCGUUAUAACAGUGAGUUAUAGACGUGGUAUAUUUGGCUUUCUGCCUACCAUUGGCAAAAAAGACGGCACAGGUGAUGAUGAACUAGUCUAUAAUCUCGCUCUUUUAGAUCAACAAAUGGCUUUAAAUUGGAUCUUUCACACUAUUCGUGAUUUCGGUGGUAAUACGGAGAAAAUAACUUUAGGCGGAUAUGAUCAUGGUUCAGCUAUGACAAUGCUUCAUUUACUCUCUCCGAACAGUAGAGGAUUAUUCCAGCAAUGUUUACUACAAAGUGGUACACCGCUUAAUGAAAAUGGUUUUCACUAUAUUGAAGAAGAUAGAAUGCUAGAUAUGGUAUUACGCAUGGCAAAUUCAACCGGACGCUCUGCUGUAAAUGAUUCUAUCACUGAGACGAUGAAUGAGAUUUUAGUUCAAUUUCAGAAUAUGACCAUGCGAUCAUUGUUAAAAAUGGAAGAUCAGCUAGUAAAAGAGAACCCAAGUUGGCAGUUUUUACCUGUCAUCGAUGGUCGCAGUAUUCCAGAUAAAGCGGAUAAAAUGAUACAGCAGGGGCGAUUUUAUAAAGCAAAUAUUAUGAUUGGUUUAUCUCAAGAUUCUCACCUUGCACUUGCUGUCACAAAUCAUAGUAAUAAAUCCAAACAUGAAAGUGAUGAUAGCGAUGAUUUCACUCAACAUCUUUCACGUUAUAUAGAUCCAUCUUCACCAUUUAAACCUUUGAUAGCUCAUGCAUACGGCCGCUAUACAGAUAAACACGGGAAAGCACCUAUGCAAACUUCUAUAACGUACUUAAAUACCGAUAGGAAUAUACUCCUUCCGGCAGUGUUUUGCGCAAAUCAUUUUGCCAAUUUUGGUUUAUCGACUUACUUUUAUAUUUUAGAUCAUCUAGUUGAUAGUUCGCUUGGUGAUGAUACAUCUCCCAACUCCGAUAUUCCAUUUGAAAUGGUGUAUUUAUUUGGUAACCCGGUUAAUUACUUUAAGCGAGUGCCGGUCCUAAAUCAAUAUAGUCCUACACUUUUACAUCAGAGCAUUAAGUAUUGGAGUGAAUUUAUACGUUCAGGUAAGCCUAAUAACGAAAUAGCACACUGGCCGAGGUAUGAGGAUUCAAAACAGCCAAUUUUGGUCAUUUCUGGGAUUAAUUCAAGUAUCCACCAUGGUUACAGAAUAAAAUUUGUUCAUCUUUGGAAUAAAUUGUUGCCACAAAUUUCUGAUCAAUUGGAA